AAUUGUAGAACCUGAAAGGAAGGAUAUGGUCAUUGUAAGGUCACUCUCAAUAUUAUUUUCCCUUCCCAUUGCUUACACUCUCUCUUCUUGUAAUUUAAAUCAAACCUUCCACCCCAAUUCUCCCUCAGAGCUCAGAAUCUUCAGCUCUACUUCUUCUUCCAGAAAACAAAGAGAUAUUCAUUCAAAAAUCACCUAUCUCAUCCCUCUCUUGACCCCUCCAACAUGAAGAACACUAACAGCAACACAAAACUAAUCCUUCUCCACCCAUAUAUCCAGAAACAAGGAAGCUCAAACCGCUUAUGGCUUCUAGCCUUCAUAUCCUUCUUCACCUUAGUUUUCCUUGCCACACUCAUUUACACAAGAGACACAACCUCAUCUACCACUACCACUACCUCUUCCACCCCUUUAUCUAGUUUCACCAACACCCUUUUAUCAUCCACUGUAAUAAACACCCUCCUCCACUAUGCCUCAAAAUCCAACGACACCUUUCACAUGCCCCACUCAGACCUCAAAACCAUCUCCGACAUGCUCCGAAAGUGUCCCUCGCCAUGCAACUUCCUCGUCUUCGGCCUCACCCACGAGACCCUCCUUUGGAAAGCCCUCAACCACAACGGAAGAACCGUCUUCAUCGACGAAAACCGGUACUACGCCGCGUAUUUCGAAGAAAAACACCCCGAAAUCGAUGCUUACGACGUGGCAUACACGACUAAAAGGAGUGAGUUGAAGGAGCUGAUAGCUUCGGCGAAAGAACAAGUAGGAAAUGAAUGCAGGCCAGUGCAGAAUCUUCUGUUUUCUGAGUGCAAGUUGGGUCUCAAUGACCUUCCGAACCAUGUUUAUGAAGUGGAUUGGGAUGUGAUAUUGGUGGAUGGACCGAGGGGGGAUUGGCCGGACGCUCCCGGAAGAAUGUCGCCGAUCUUCACCGCCGGCGUUCUUGCCCGGAGCAAAAAGGGUGGGAACCCGAAGACGCAUGUGUUUGUGCAUGACUUCUCGGGGAAAGUGGAGAAGGUUUCUGGGAAUGAGUUUCUGUGCAAGGAAAAUUUGGUGGAGGCUACUCAUAGUUUGGGACACUAUGUGCUGGAAAAAAUGGACGAGAGUAGCGUUCAGUAUUGUAAGAAUCACUCAUCAGGAUUCGCUUCUUCUUCGUCUUAGUUGGUGUCUUUAAUGUUGCUCUCUAUAUAUAUCGACCAUCUGGGUAUUUAUAUAGUUGCACUGUUUACUUCUGGAGCUUGUAAAAGAUAAUUCUUUCUUUCUUUCUUCUUUUUCUCGUUUUUCGUUUUCUGGCACUGAAGAUUGUAAUUUCUUCAAGAAGGUCAUGCUUUCAAAUUUCAUUUAGGAUGUUUAUUAUAAUGUACAUUUAAGGUGGAUAAAUGUAGUAGACUAUGGGAAUAAGAAAUUGGAGUUGGUUGAAUUGUGAAGUAUAUAGCCACAUAGGCCUAUCAGUGCCACGAAUUAAGUUGA